CAAAUAUUCUACAUUAACAUACAUAAGGAAGAAUAAACCUACUAUUUGCUUUUUUUGGAAAUUGUCAAAAUCUUUUCUAAAGGGGUAAACGAGGCGCUCAAAAAUUACGAUAUUUUGCAAAAAAACUGAAAGGGCUCUUAAAUAGAAUUCGUAAAUUCAGGCUGACGACAUUAAAGUAACCACUAACUUUUACGACGAUGAUAAUGCACUUGACAAAAAUCACAUUUGAGAAAAUAAAUUAAACAUUUACAACAAUAGACUGAUAUAAUUUACCGAAUGGGUAAAGCGUUGAAAAUCCAGGUUAUUGUCUUUCUUAUGUUAUGAGUGCUAACAUUAACUUUCUUUGCUCUCAAAAUAAAAGUGAAUGCUAAGGUUCAUGAUAAUAAAUAUCACAAUAAAACGAGAUAAGAAUUCUACCAGUACGUGUGUUAUACUUUGCCAUAUCACGAAUCAAGUGCAGAUUACUUCAGAUAAGUCAAAAAAUAAUAACAUAUCGUACAACUUUAAAUGUAAAGUAGCCCAUGCCAUGUUGAUUUAUCACAUAUAUACUAAAUAUAAUGUUAAACUAUAAAAAAUAUUGUAACUAUAUAUUUAUAUUCUAAAUGAUGUAAUGGAAGGUGACUUCAGACGUAUCUCUGAAGUCAUUUUUCAACUUGACGACUCUGUAUGUAACAAUACAGGGAGAAAAAAACAGCCCUUGCUGAGUUUCUUGCCGGUUCUUCUCAGUACAAGGUCUCCCGCCGUAGUUUCGCGAACCGAUGGCAUAGCUUCUUGACCUUCACAAGUGCUUGUAACAGCCUAGACUGAAUAAAUGACUUUUCAUUUCAUAUGAAAAGCUCAAGUUGCCUAAGUUUACUGCAAGGUUAUUUGAGAAGAAAGUAAUUUAAGUUUUCAUCAAACAGGACUGUAUUCUUUGUGUGUGCCAGAUAUUAUAUAAAGAUACUUAAUGCGUGCUUACAUUAUUUUCGAGCAUAUCUCUAUCUUUACACGAAAUUAUUUGACUAUAGUUGCAAGAAUAUUAAAAAUAUAUUUGUGUAGAAUCAGUUAUGAAUAGCAGAAUUCAACGAUACUUGGAGACAAAAUUAGGAAUUUUAUUUUAUACAGCUGUUCUUUAGACAAAUUCAUUCUGAUCCAGAUAUUAAUUGUAACUUUUUCUUCUACUAUUAUAUCUCCGGGUUUCAAAUAUUCUGUCCAAAAUAAUUAUUGCUUACGUAUAGUUUCAAAAAACAAGUAUGAAUUGAAAGAAGACUUCAGUAGAAUGAACAACUUUAAUUAUGGUUAUCUUUCUAUAGUUCCUAAAAUUCAAGACUGCACAGUUUUUUAAUCCAUAGUUAUCGUUUUUCAAAUAUAUUAUUAAAAAAAAAAUCUAAACAACUCACCCCACAAACUUAGUCCUAUGACUUUUUGGCGGGAUCGGGAAGCGUCAAUUUAGCAGUUUUGUUUUUCUUGUUAAAAAUUAUGUUGUGGCGGAUGUUAGUGUCUAAUAAUGGUGGAUUAUUAACCACUAAAUAUUCGGGAACAUGCACAAGUGUUGGCAAGUGAAACAAAAUAGCGGAAAAUGUCUUUCGACGUUCCCUCAAGAAGUUCACGGGGAGUUUCCAGUAAAUCCCCACACAUUUACUGAAACACAGGGAAAAGGGGAUUGACUUGACUGCCACCUACUUUGACUUGAUAUAAUACUUUGACCACGAGUGCUAUAGAAUUUGUUAACAUUUUUAACACUUGACAUUGGCUAAAUGCACAAGCCGUGCGAAGCCAUUGAGGAAAAAAAAUACUUAGUCCUAAACUAAGCAGAGCUUGUACUGUAUAGCGUAUUUAUUUAAACAUAAUAAAUUUUUAAACAACCAUGACUUAGGAACAAUUUAAUUAAUAUUAGUGUGAAUUUAGGAUGUUUAAAGUACAACUAGGUGAUUGAUUUUUCUAGUACAUGUUAAAAGAUAACAGUACAUGAACUCUGUUUCGUAAUAGUUUGCAUUAGAGCCAAGUUAUGUUUUUUACCUCUAUUACCAGACAAUACAAACACACAGAAGGCCGUGUCUAUUUUUUCACAUGUCUACGUCACUCGAAGGUACGAAAGCGAAUCUCGCCCAAUGUGCGCGCCGCAAGGCGUUCAGUACAAUUCGUGCGCUCGCGCAGCUUUCUGUGCGCUACCGGCAACGAUACGACCAAUCGGAAGCAAUGUGGGCAUAAAGAAAAAUGGUUUAAUUUCGCGCGCGAAUAACAACCAUAAAUGGAAUUAACCUUUUUUUACGACCGAACCAGUGAUCUGAAAUUUGAAAUUCGAAUUUUACCGAACGAAAAAAAAAACAAUGAGUGAUGAAAUAGUGUUGUAUCACUUUAAAUUGUUAAAGUUAUGAGCCCCGAUAAAACAAAGGCCGAAGUGGUUUCAAAGUUAAAGUUUUGACAAUAAAACUUUUCAAUCAAUUUAAAUAGCAGCACUUUAAAAUAGACCGCUCGCAAUAAGUAGUUAACGCGGAGGCAAUCAUCAUUAUGUGCGCUGUAACAAUGUAAUGGCAAGUAGAACUGUGAGGAGGGUGAAACGAGGCAAGGGUAAAGAAAACACGAUUAACAUACCAGAUGCUGAAGGACACCUCCCAACGAUAGUAGUUACCCCUCCAGACAAAACCGAUAUGAAGGUCACAGCGAAAAGAAUUGUCGAUGACAAAAACAAAAAGAAAGUCAAUGCCCCUACAACAGAAACAAACCAAGCAUCCACCUCAGGGAACAAUCAAGUGAUGAACAUGGCUAAUUUCAAUGUCAAUCAACUGAUAGCAGAGCUAUCCGAGAACUCGAAAGCGUCAAAAGGGGAAAUCGAACAUAUACAAAGAAGACUUCUGCAACAAGCAAACGAAAUAUUGAAAGUAAACGCUUUCGCCAACAACACGGCGCCAGUACCAGAGCCGCGAGUGAUAGACUGCACGCAAAAGUACAGCAGCACCGUAUACGGCAGAAUACCUGUCGUCGUAACCAGAAAUCAGGUACCACAAGUAGUCGCGCAAAAUCGCAAAGAGCCAUCGGCCCAAACCCUGCCUAAUGCGAACAUGGCCGUCGGCUUGAAGGCCGUGGCGCGACCGGACAAUCAACUUAACGACACUCAACUAGUCCCAGAGAAACUGCAAGAAAAUUCCGCGCCAUUCCCCGUGGAUAAUGCUGGUGCAAUGAUUAAUAGCGGCCAGGGUAAUAUGCAAAGGGUCGGCACGUCGUCCGUGGACGCGGGAAGAGGUGUUUUUUUCUACGAAACGGGUUAUGCGCAGCGCGCCGAUGCCAGUGCGCGCGCCGCUCCGACCAGAGGCACCGUCGAGCCGCUCCCGCCGUACAGGAUGCCGCCGGCGCCGGACGCGGCGCUGCCCGGCGCGCCGGCACCCAAUACCGCCGCGCUUCACACGCACUCCGCCAAAUUCCCCAUAGAACGCGAGGUGAUACUGUCUUCAGGGGAGAAGAACUCGAAGGUGCCUAUCCUGCAGGAGGCCCGGAAGAGAGGCAGGCUCGGCGCAGUGGCUCCCGAUACUCCGCCUAAAGCACUCUCCGCCUGGACUCAUGUAGAGAAUCAGCAAGCGGGAACAUCUGGAGACAACUUCAGACAGUUCCAUGACAACUAUAGCUACGCCAUGCACCAGAAUCAAAACCAAGGAGCAGCACCGAGAAACGCCCAAUACGACUCUCCUAAACCACCCAUACCAGCUAAAAACGUAUACGGCACAAAACUUGAAACGCCAAAUAACUCACAAAUGAUUACAGUCACUGUAGAAACCGGCAAAGAUAGCACAAGGGAUGCACCUAAAAGCAACAAAUCAGUAAGCAAGACUUACCACACGCUCAAAGACAUGAUCUCGAGUAGAUUUAAAAGUAAAGACAAUAAUGAUAGCGAAAAGAAUAGUGAACCAGAACCUAACUUGAAUAAUAGUGAAGAAAGAAAAAGACCCGAAGCAGAACAAACUCCACCCAGAGAAACGAGUGCAAGAAAAGUCGAACAGGGAAUAUAUGGAAGACCAGUGCCACAGAAUCGGCCUGAUAUGCAGUACACUCACAAUGUCGCAAAUAAUAUGGCGUACCCUAGUCCUUCACCACACAGGCAAUUGAUGCAGCAGCAAAUAGUUCAGCAACAAAUGCUACUAAACCAUCAAGCCAGGUCGCAAGAGAUGCUGGCAUCGACCCCACACGCUCGACCACAGCCUCAAGCAUUAGGCGCUGAUGCCUUAUACCAGCAAUAUGGAGUUCCUGGACGAAGAAGCGCUCUCUAUCAACGUGAUGUAGACGUCAGAUCAAUGGCCAACUUCACUUCAUUAAAGACAGGUCCCCAAACUCAGUGUGAAAAUUCGCAUUCAAGACCGGAUUUAAGAAGUCCUCAGCAGCUGGAAAGAGAAAUUAUAAGACAGAGGGGUUUUGUUGAAGGCAGACGAGCAGCAUCACAUCCUCAUCUUUUAGAUGAACCUCAAACGCGAGUUGAAAUAACAUCUCCUCCAAUCCGCGACCGUUCUAGAAGAAACUCUUAUGGAAACCUUCUGGAAGGAGUCGAAAUUGAACAUCAUCAGAGUCGUGUUGAGGAAAGAGAAUCCGAUGAUGGUGGUUUCAGAACACGUCUUGCUGCUCAGGAAAGAACUAGUUACGAAGAACGAAUAAGAACAAGUGGCCGAUCAGUAGAAUCGCAAAGAAUGCAAGAAAAUAUAUACAGAAGAACUCCAGAAAUUCACAAAGAAAGACGCACACCAGAAGCACACAGAGAAAGGCGGACACCAGAAAUACAUAGAGAAAGACGUACACCAGAAAUACACAGAGAAAGACGGACGCCUGAAAUACACAAGGAGCCUCGUAGAACACCUGACUCUAUGGGACAGAAACAAAAAGAAGAGCAAGGAGUUCCUCCUUCAAAUCUUGUUGAUAGAAACGAUGAAAGCGCGAGUCAGAAGUCAGCUGAUAGUGUUUACAAUACGAGCGGGAAGGCUGAAUCUUGCCUUCCACAACCUUCAUCUUCAAGACACACACCUAACAGGAUAGAAGACCUUAAAUCGCACGGGAAAAAAGGAGCUGGAUCUGGAGCUAGUUCAGAUUACGACAAAAAUGGUGGUCAAUCAUCCAAUGUGGACUCUGGUAGAGGCAGUGUAGCGUACUCGAGUGGACGAAGACCCGAAGCUCUACAUGAUACUUCAGCUGACUCUGAUGCCGUCGGAACUUCGAGGACUCAACCUCAGCCCGGGCCUAGCCAGCAAAGCGCAGGACCAAGUGGGGAGAAUGAAUGGGCGGACCUGGUGGAGUGUGAAUUGAGGCAGAUCCUGGAGCCGAAGCUGGCCGGCAUGAGGCUGGACUCGUCGGGCAGCUCCGACAGCUCGAUCACGCCACCCCUGCCACCACUGUCGCCCUCCUCUGACUUGCACAAGAGGAACAGUCUUCCAGGGCGAUCGUCUGAGUACCCCGACGAGCGGCGACGCGGGCGAGACUCGCCGCGCUGGCACUCACACAAGAAGCACUCCUCCAAGCGAGACCAUCACUAUAAAAAACAUCUAUUCGGCCUCGACACUACGGACAUGACGUCGACUACCACUCGUAGCCUGGAUCUAUCCUCCUUACUAGAUGGACGAACAGACAGCGAUGCGUCUACGGGAGACGCCAGGGCUAUUAGGAGACAACUGCGAGGGUUAGAGAAUAUGUACGCUGAAGUGCUGCAACUGCUGGGGGUCAGGAAACCAGCUAGUUUAGCCAAGCAACCAACCUGGGAAUCGAGGUUGUCAUCGAAGCGUCGCUACGGCAGCAUGUCGUCGCUGCCGUCCAGCUCGGUGAGCAGCCGGCCCGCGCGCGACAAGCGCCGCCACAGCGACCACCGGAAGAAGAACGACCUCAAGGGUAUCAACAAGCGGUUCCAGCGGCUGGAGUCGCACGUGGUGACGCUGGCGCGGUCCGUGGCGCACCUCUCCAGCGAGAUGCGGACGCAGCACCUCGUCAUGCAGGAGAUGGACAACAUCCGCGCCGAGAUCAACGCGCUGCGUCACAUGUACAAGUCUCAGCAGUACAUCAGAUCGGGUCAGCGGCACUCAGACCCGUACUCGUUCAGCAACCCGGACCGGGUGAAGCGGCUCACCAAGUUCUUCGGGGACGAACCACCCCUGAUGAGGCUGUUCCUCAAGAAACUGGGAUAUGAGAGAUACGCUGCUCUCCUGGAGAAAGAGAAAGUGGGUGCCGCCGAGCUCCCCUACGUGGGGGAAGACAAACUACGCGCUUUAGGGGUGCCUUUAGGGCCCCGCAUGCGCAUCCUCAAGGAGGCCGGCCUGCAUCCCCACCACCGAGAUGACCCACACUCCGCCACUAAUACCACUACUACCACAUUAGCCAUAGUGUGACCCAUAUAAUAUAACCCAAAGCAUGACCCAUAUAAUAUGACCCAUAGUAUCAUCCACAUAAUAUUGCCCAUACAGUCACCCAUAUAAUAUGACCCGUAUUGCGACAUGGAUUAUAUGACCUGUAGUGUGACCCAUAUAAUACACCCACAAUGUGACCCAUAUAAUAUUACCCAUAAUGUGACCCAUAUAAUAUUACCCAUAAUGUGACCCAUAUUAUAUGACCCAUAAUGAGAGCACGGUGAACAGAUGGUGUUGGCAUCUGUUAAGAGAGAAUUUAGACAUGACAUGACAUGACACUUAGUUUUACCAUUACAAAGGCUCCACCCAAAGAGAAUUUGCAUCCGCAUGCUCUCUUGCUCUAUCCCAUAUACAGGGUGGCGCAAAAAAAAUCAUCCAAUUUUUACUAAAUAAAAAAUAUUUUGAAUGAUAAAAACUUAAGGCCCUAGUUGAGAGAUAGUAUUUGUGAAUUGGCUACAGCCAGUGUUUAUACAUAUUAAUUUGUGCAAUUUCCUCACGAUUUUCGGUAACAAUAACUGUUCGCAUUCCUGUCGAAUGAAAGCUGCUCUUUAAACGCUGUGAUUUAUCGGAGGCUUGUUGGGAUAAGCCCGAGAUUUCAAGUAGCACAAAGAAUGAAUUUUGUAUUUUCUCCGUGGUGAUAGCACGUCUCCCCCAAAUAUUGGAAAAAUAAAAAAAUACAGUUUUUAUAUUCAAAGUAUUUAAGUCGAAACGCUGGCAUAAACUAUUCAGAAAUAUGACAUUUAAUCAAAUAUUUAAAUUUAUAAAGUACUUCUUUUUCUUCAUUUGUAUUUCAUCUCAUAUUUUUUUUUAUACGAUUAUAAUAAAUUAGAUUUACCUUUAAUCUCAAAUUCUCAACUUAAUGUGUUUUUUUUUAUAUUAAGAAGAGGCUAAUUACUUAAACCGAAUUUUACCCAAUUUAUUAACCAAAAUACCUGGAAUUAAUAGAAUUAUAUUUGUGUGCAGUGUAAUUUAUAAAGAAACUACUUAUAAAUUUAUUAAAUAAGCUCUCUUUAUUUAUUCCUAUAUAUAAAUGUAUGUAAUCCCAUCUGAAACUUAAUACCGAUUGGAUUAUUUGUAGUACCUAAAUAUUUUCUUUAGAUUUAUAAAACUAGCAGUUAAAUGCUCAAAAAAUUGUCGCAAAUAUAAUACCUGCAACUGCUAUUUCUUCCUUCAAAUGUUUAAUGCGUGAUUUUUUUCUAGUAAAAUUUUAUUUAAACUUAUAAUGUGUUUAAAUAUGCUCUAACGGUUUAUAUAAAACCAUUGUAUUGCAGUCAACGAUAUGCCAUCUACUGUCCUAUUGUUUAAUACAGCCUAUAUUGUUUUCUGUCAGAAAUUCAUUGUAUAGGAUUAGACCGACGCUAUUAUAUAGCAUACCUACGGCUCCUACGUAUAAUCCCCUAUGUGAGAAUCUCAUAUUUACAGGAGAGCUGUUUGAAAAUUUAUUUUUCUAUAACUCUGAAAAUAUACAUGCAAUGUUAUUGAAACUCGGCAAGUAACUAGAAAUGAAUUGAAAAUUAAUAAAUUAAGUAUUUGACACUGUAUCUGUGAUAUUUGAAAAUUUCAACUGAAUUACUAGAAUUUAAAAAUAUUGACUUACCCGACGUACAAUCGAGUAACUACCUCAUACUUGCACCUCCUACUGGCACAUGCAAGGUUUUUCUCGCAGUGUUGUUUGGAUUGAAGUAAGUGACACUUAUGUGUUUGUCAUACUGCUAUAUCUCAAUAAUUAUUGCAGUUUUUCACAUUUUUGUUUCAUUAGCCGGUAGACCUGCGUUAGAGGAAAAUAAUUGAAUAAAAUAGUAAGAAUAACCUAAGUGCCACAUCCUAGAGUUUACGUAGGGACCGUCGACACAUGAUUUUCCCCAAAGCUAUAACAAUCAGCAUGGUAAUAUUUGGAGUUGAUGCAUUUUAUAUUAUUUCCCCCUCCUGUAACAGUAUUUACUAACUAUUAUGCUCAAGUUGUACUCUUACAAUACAAAUUGUUCCUAAAUGCAACGAAAUAAUUCUCAUUUAAUGUUUUUUUUAAUCACUAUUAUAAAAUAUCAUAAUUGAUAGAAAUAAAAAAUGUAAUAAGUAAUAAUUACGACCGCAUUCAAAAAUGUUUUUCAAUUACCUACUUCGACAAACAAUAAAUUUAAUUGACUUUUCUGAGAGCGGUCUUAAGAUAGAACGUUAACUUUAAUUAAUCAACUGUCUUACACACUGGAACGUUAAUGCCAAAGAAUUGACUCAGAGUGUGUUUGUUCUGUAUUAUUCAUAAUUUGUAAAUAUUAGACGUCGAAUAAAUGAAUUACUUAUUGUAAAUAAAUCAAUUGGAGCAACGAAAUAUGACAAUACUCUUUACGAUUAAUUAUAAUUAAAAUAAUUUUAGUUUCAAUUAAUUUGUAUGUAACAGCCCUUGUUGUACAUUGAGGGUGUUUUUUGUAAAUAGUAUAAACUUUGUACUUAUCGAAUAAAGUUCUCAAAAUAA